AGAGCCGGGUGUACAGGGUGGAAUAUGAAGGUGGACCGGGAGCGUGACCGCUGAAGCACAGCAUCACACGGAGACUGUUAGCCCUCCGGAUAACUGCGGGCAAGCCUGACUGAUGUCAGGCCCUCCACAAGAGGUGGUGGAGCAGAGUCUUCUCUAACUCUCCCGAGGAAAGGGAGACUUCCUUUCCCGGUCUGCUAAGUAAUGGGUGCUUUUUCUAGGUUUGUGUACUGUGCCUUUGCUGAUAUCAGAUGCACCCAUUUCAUGGUUGAGGGAGGAUUUAAACAGCUGAAGAACUUCAAACAGAACUGUCAACUUAAUUAACUUUUCAAAUACUUUUACUCGAAGAGCAUAAAUACAAUAUAUUCUUGCAUAAUGAAGAAUCAUUUACCAGCAGAGGUGGGUGUCAAUUUUUUUGGCUUGUUUUCUUGUUCUACAUAUUAAUUUGAUAGUUACACAUAACAGUUGAGGAGCCUUUUGUAAUAUUAAACAAGUCAUAUUAAUUUGUAUAUGUGAAGAUCCAGCUGUAAAAUGCAUGAAACAUGACUCACAUUUUACAAAGAGAAUCCUGGGGCAAAAAUAAAUUCAGUUAUUUGUUGACUCUCCUAAAGCAUAUGAGUGGUGGAACUGCAAUUCACCAUUAUUUCCUUCUAACAACUUUGCUCUUUUCACCAAAACUUAAGGCUCCUCAGGGUGUGUCUAAGACAACAGCAGUAAAAAUUUCUAUGACAGCAAUUUUCUCUCUCCUGAAAUAUGAUCCCCACUUAAUUUGCCCUACUGAAAGAAUCCCAAGUAUAAAAACAACCAGUUUUUAAUCAAUAUUACAAAGAUGUUUACUGUUGAAUAGGAUUUCUCUUUGGCUUCUUAAAAUCCCUUAGGCAUUCAAUCUUCAGCUUUUCUAUAAUUGAGAGGAAGUUUUCACCUCAAAUAUUCAUCCAGUGCAAUUUGAAGACGUCCAGUGCAGGCACUGGAUUGAGAACCUUCACAAAAAAAAUGUCUGCCUAGAGACAGAUUAGGUCCUUCAGCUCCAGUGCUGAUUGGUUCCUUUCCAAAGGACCAUCCAAUCCUGCCACGCACGGAAACAUCCACAGGUUUUUAUUCUUUCUGCCAGGUACAUCAGAUCCAUCAGGUCCAAGCUGUGUUGACUACAACUAUUUUUCCCUUCGUCUCAAUUAUGUCUUGGAAGAAGGUUUUGCGGAUCCCUGGAGGCCUUUGGGCAGCAACUGUGACCUUGAUGCUGGCGAUGCUGAGCACCCCAGUGGCUGAGGGCAGAGACUCUCCAGAGGAUUUCGUGUUCCAGUUUAAGGGCAUGUGCUACUUCACCAACGGGACGGAGCGCGUGCGGAGUGUGACCAGAUACAUCUAUAACCGAGAGGAGUUCUUGCGCUUCGACAGCGACGUGGAGGUGUACCGGGCGGUGACGCCGCUGGGGCGGCCUGAGGCCGAGUACUGGAACAGCCAGAAGGACAUCCUGGAGAGGACCCGGGCGGAGCUGGACACGGUGUGCAGACACAACUACCAGUCGGAGCUCCGCACGACCUUGCAGCGGCGAGUGGAGCCCACAGUGACCAUCUCCCCAUCCAGGACAGAGGCCCUCAACCACCACAACCUGCUGGUCUGCUCGGUGACAGAUUUCUAUCCAGCCCAGAUCAAAGUCCGGUGGUUUCGGAAUGACCAGGAGGAGACAACCGGCGUUGUGUCCACCCCCCUUAUUAGGAACGGUGACUGGACCUUCCAGAUCCUGGUGAUGCUGGAAAUGACUCCCCAGCGUGGAGACGUCUACACCUGCCACGUGGAGCACCCCAGCCUCCAGAGCCCCAUCACCGUGGAGUGGCGGGCUCAGUCUGAAUCUGCCCAGAGCAAGAUGCUGAGUGGCGUUGGAGGCUUCGUGCUGGGCCUGAUCUUCCUCGGGCUGGGCCUUAUCAUCCAUCACAGGAGUCAGAAAGGUGAGGAAACCCAGGGGGAAAGGGGAAGAUGGGCUGUGACCCAGACCCUCUGUUCAGAGAGGUCCUGUCUCUAGAUGUAGCUCUUUCCUCCUGACCCUGAGAGGAAGAAGGCUAGGCUGGAGGCGGGAGAAGACAGGACAAGAUUGGAGGAGGCAUUGGAAUCUGAUUUUACUGGUUGAAAGGUAGCCCUGUCACAGAGCUGACUGAUAGAGCUUACUCCAGGACAUCCUUACUGUUCAUCGUUGUCUCACUGGCUCCUUUCCAAAAGCUUCCUCCAUUAAGAGGGUCAGAGCCUCGGCCUCCUUCCCUUCUAGUGACAAUUUCGUUUGUUUUAGGGGAUUUUAAAUUAGGGUGCUUAAGGCCUUGAAGAACAUGGGUGGGAAGAGAAUAUAACUUUAAUUAAGUCACAUGUGUCAUUUUCCUUUGGGAUGAGA